ACGAAAGAUAGCACAAAGUGCUUACGCCACCGCUAAAGGGAAAAACAAGUGUCCGAUCGUUUUCUUUUUAUACUAUUUUACUUAUUUAGAAUCAAGUAGUGUCAUAUUCAUAAUUUUUCAACCAUUUUUUAGUACCUUAAUAACCGGUUCUCCGACAUGGGAUUGGGAGGAGCCGAAACGUCGUUAUUCCUGUCUGAGUUCCUCGAGAAGUGCGGCGGCCAAGCGGUGAUUGACGGCGGCUUCGCAACUGAACUAGAACGGCACGGCCAGGACCUUAAUGACCCUCUGUGGAGCGCCAAAUGCCUCGUUAGUUCUUCUCAUCUCGUUAGAAGGGUUUUUGAGAGAAGAGUAUGAACAUAUAUUUUUCUUAAUCUUUUGAAUCAUCUUGGAUUAUUGAUUGGAUACGUGAAUUGUUUUUUAUGAUGAUAACAACACGUGGAGGAGCCUUUGCAUUGCAGAUGUCCUUUUCUGUAAUUUUA